UCUCGGCGAUACAGGCAUAGACAUGAGCUCGCGACUCUGCUACUCGAAGCGGUACACGCGAAACCGACUCGCGCGACGUCAAACGUCCACAUAAGUACGUGAAAUUUAUUUCCACUACGCUAAAAGUAUUUUUAGGGAUUUUCUAUUGACCGAUCGAUGGCGCACUGCCAUCAAGCAACGACAAUAGCAGCAGCUGCAGUAGCAGUAGCAGUGUAAACAGUGACAGAACAUUUUACGAGCGAAUCUACACGUAGUUGAUAUUCGUAUCAAGUUUUGAUUCAACACACAAAUGGCUACAGAAAACGGGGCCGGGAUGGAUACGUCAUUGCCGACUUUCGAGGAGGCAACCGGUUCCUAUGUGGUCCAAUACAGACCGACUCCAGUCACGUCGACACCCGCGUCUCGCUACAGAGCGUUGGACGGGAUAGAGGAACCGUUGCCGACGUUCGAGGAGGCCACUGGUUCCUAUGUGGUCGAAAAUAGGCCGACUCCGGCCGCGCCGAUACGUUCGUCUCCCGACAGAGAGAUCGAUAUGAAGGAAAGAUGUCGCAAAAUUUGGACCAAAGUGCUUGUGUUCAUAGCGCUUAUUUUUAUAGGACUUUUGUUCAUAUGGGGUGUCUUCGUUGGUUUUACUUAUGUUUUGGUCCAGCCAAAGAGUCUCUCCGAAUUCACAUUACCUAUGUUCAUGUACCUCGCGAGCAUGGUAGUAGUCCUUCUCAUAUUCGCGUUCAUAAUCAUACCAUGUUUGGUACUUUAUGGAUGGUUAAUGACACUUCUGCAAAGGCGAGACUAGGACGUUCCAAACUCAUUCUACGAAUAAGGACGAUUCUACGAUCAACAUAAUUGAGGAAAGACACAAUCAUGAACAGAGAUUAUAAUAAUUAAUUAUAAGUUUAUUGAAGAAAAUAUUCAAGAAUAUAUUACGCGGUCAAAACCAUAGUUAACGUGAUACUACGAGAGGCAUUGAAAAAAAUGUGGUUCGAUCUACCGACGAUCGUGAAGAUACCCGCGUCCUGCACCAGAGAGGUAAUAUUCGUUGGCAAAAUUGUAAAGCCAAGACGAAAGUAGGGCGAUUUAGCUAACUCAAGGAGACUGGACAAAAGCGAGAAAUUUUUCGUAAAUUCAUGACUACGAUAAAUAAUAUAAACAAUGGAUAAUUUUUUUUCUUAAAAAAAGAUUUUAGUAGUGUACUGUUUGCCUCAGAACAAAUUGAUGUGCUUUUGAACAUAAUAUUUUUUUCAAGACUUUGGCUCUUCACGCCCGACGUAAUAUUUUUUGCAAGGCUUUUGGCUCUUCACACCCCACUAAUAUUCGUUUUGAAAAUUGCACAGCUUGUGUUUUUGGUGGUCGUCGCUAUUGUAUUUUUAAUGACCUUUGGCUGGUAAUUCAUAAAUGUUUUAAGUAGUACGAUAAAUAUCGCUUUUUUACCCAGAGUAAAGAAGGUCCGUCAAUGGCAGAGAUAAUAAUUUAUGGUGUAAAUCGGUUAUAAUGAACUGAAAGGGAUCGACAAGUGUUGCUUGUGGAAU